GCGUCCCGAUAGCUCCCGGAAUAGGACCGUUUCGGAGACGGUCGCUUUCAAGUGGGCUUGGGCGCGGGGGGGGAAACGGGUCUGUCCUCGGGAACUACGAGGCUCUGUGCGCACGAGGACUGGGAUCCCGGCCUCGGCUGCUUGAAGCGUCCAGCCUUAGCGGGGCCACGGACACUGACCCUUGCUUAGAACUCAUCCUGUCCCGCAGAGCCUGCUGCGAGUUCCUGCCGUCCCCUGCGGCGGUUUCUUGGAGCCGCUUUCCCAAGCGGAAGUCAGCCUGCGGCUUGGACUCCGGCGGGACCUGCACGGCGGAAUGGCGCUGCCGGGUUCAAGCACUGUCAUCCUGUUGGCCCUGACAAUCAUAGCCAUCAGCCAGGCUCUGACGCCCACUCACUACCUCACCAAGCAUGACGUGGAGAGACUGAAAGCCUCGCUGGACCGCCCUUUCACAAAUUUGGAAUCUGCCUUCUACUCUGUCGUGGGACUCAGCAACCUUGGUGCCCAGGUGCCAGAUGCAAAGAAAGCAUGUACCUACAUCAAAUCUAACCUUGAUCCUAGCAAUGUGGAUUCCCUCUUCUACGCUGCCCAGGCCAGCCAGGCCCUCUCAGGAUGUGAGAUUUCUAUUUCAAAUGAGACCAAAGACCUGCUUCUGGCAGCUGUCAGUGAGGACUCAUCUGUUACCCAGAUCUACCAUGCAGUUGCCGCUCUCAGUGGCUUUGGCCUUCCCUUGGCAUCCCAAGAAGCGCUCAGUGCCCUUACCGCUCGCCUCAGCAAGGAGGAGACUGUGCUGGCAACGGUCCAGGCUCUGCAGACAGCAUCCCACCUGUCCCAGCAGGCUGACCUGAGGAGCAUCGUGGAGGAGAUUGAGGACCUUGUUGCUCGCCUGGAUGAACUGGGGGGCGUGUACCUCCAGUUUGAAGAAGGGCUGGAAACAACAGCAUUAUUUGUAGCUGCCACCUACAAGCUCAUGGAUCAUGUGGGGACCGAGCCAUCCAUUAAGGAGGAUCAGGUCAUCCAGCUGAUGAACGCGAUCUUCAGCAAGAAGAACUUUGAGUCCCUCUCUGAAGCCUUCAGCGUGGCGUCUGCCGCUGCUGUGCUCUCCCAUAAUCGCUACCACGUGCCAGUUGUGGUUGUGCCUGAGGGCUCUGCUUCUGACACUCAUGAACAGGCUAUCCUGCAGUUGCAAGUCACCAAUGUUCUGUCUCAGCCUCUGACUCAGGCCUCUGUUAAACUAGAACAUGCUAAAUCUGUUGCUUCCAGAGCCACCGUCCUCCAGAAGACAUCCUUCACCCCUGUAGGGGAUAUUUUUGAACUAAACUUCAUGAACGUCAAAUUUUCCAGUGGUUAUUAUGACUUCCUUGUCAAAGUUGAAGGUGACAACCGUUACAUUGCAAAUACUGUAGAGCUCAGAGUCAAGAUCUCCACUGAAGUUGGCAUCACAAAUGUUGAUCUUUCCACUGUGGAUAAGGAUCAGAGCAUUGCACCCAAAACUACCCGGGUGACCUACCCAGCCAAAGCCAAGGGCACAUUCAUUGCAGACAGCCACCAGAACUUCGCCUUGUUCUUCCAGCUGGUAGAUGUGAACACUGGUGCUGAACUCACUCCUCAUCAGACGUUUGUCCGACUCCAUAACCAAAAGACUGGCCAGGAAGUGGUGUUUGUUGCCGAGCCAGACAACAAGAACGUGUACAAGUUUGAAUUGGAUACCUCUGAAAGAAAGAUUGAAUUUGAUUCUGCCUCUGGCACCUACACUCUCUACCUAAUCAUUGGAGAUGCCACUUUGAAGAACCCAAUCCUCUGGAAUGUGGCUGAUGUGGUCAUCAAGUUCCCUGAGGAAGAAGCUCCCUCAACUGUCUUGUCCCAGAACCUUUUCACUCCAAAACAGGAAAUUCAGCACCUGUUUCGUGAGCCUGAGAAGAGGCCCCCCACCGUGGUGUCCAAUACAUUCACUGCCCUGAUUCUCUCGCCGUUGCUCCUGCUCUUUGCUCUGUGGAUCCGGAUUGGUGCCAAUGUCUCCAACUUCACUUUCGCUCCUAGCACGAUUAUAUUUCACCUGGGACAUGCUGCUAUGCUGGGGCUCAUGUACGUCUACUGGACUCAGCUCAACAUGUUCCAGACCUUGAAGUACCUGGCCAUCUUGGGUAGUGUGACGUUUCUGGCUGGCAAUCGGAUGCUGGCCCACCAGGCAGUUAAGAGGAUCGCUGCAGAGCAGAGCAGUAGAUUGGCAAAAUAUAGGACACUACGAACAGCACAUUAACUCCAGACGAAGGAUGGAAAUUCUGAAAACCAAAUGUCAAGAAAAGGAGUCAAGAACAAUUCACAGUAUGAAAAGAAAAAUGGAAAAAAAAAAAAACAACACUAUUUAAAAGGAAAAAGUUAAGAUUGUAGUUUACUUUUGCUUGUUGUUUUUCAAUUUCCCCAACACAGAGCAGAUACCUGGUGAGCUCUGAUAGUCUCUUUCUUUGGCACUGUGUGAGAUGCUGUGAAUAUUCCUAACUACCCAGAUGUUGCAUCUGAAAAGUUGAAAUGUGUAAUUGUUUUGGAAUAAAGUGGACGAUAAUAGGAACAAA